GGGAUAAAAUAUUGAUCUUAUUCCUUCCCGCUGUUUAGUCAUUAUUGACUUAAUAAUCUGCACCGUAUCUCCCAGAUCUGGGUAUCUAGGGCUCGCAGUAAUAAGCGCCAGCCUUCCCUUUGUUCCCAUGCAGAUGAAUGGCACUCUAUAUAUAUAAAGGCUGGUAUUGCCCUCCCCGGGGCACUUCUCUCUGCGAGGUUCAGGGACGAGGGAUCAGACGAGCAGAAAAUGGGUCUCCUACUCGCUACUGCCCUUGCGUGCCUCUUGGCCUGUGCCGCAGCUCAGAACAACAAUCCAACGGAGAAUUUGGCCCUUCGAGGUCGGGCGACUCAGUCCUCCACUUACUACAACUACGUUUUUGGAUAUUUGGCGUCGGCUAUUAACGCCAUCGAUGGAAACAUGGAUUCCAACUUCUACCACGGUUCCUGUUCCUUCACCAACAACGACAUGUCCCCCUGGUGGCGGGUGGAUUUGCUGAAGUCCCAUAAGAUCUCCCAGAUUGUGGUGACAAACAGGGGCGACUGCUGCGGAAAUUUAAUUGAUGGGGCUCAGAUUCUUGUUGGGGAUUCCCUGGAAAAUAAUGGCAAUAACAACCCCAGCUGCUCGGAGAUCAAUUACUUGCCCAAUGGAGGGACCCAGACCUUUGAGUGCAACGGGAUGGCCGGCCGCUAUGUUAACAUUAUUAUCCCGGGGAAGGAGACGUAUCUCACUCUGUGCGAGGUGCAAGUUUUCGGGGUACCGGUAUCCAAGAAGCCUCCCUGUUCAUAACGUUCCCCCAGCUGUUACUAAACUACACCUCCCAGCAUUCCUAGCAGCUCCCUUGAUUCUGACGGCCUUGUACUGAUGCUGUGAUUCAUAUUAACCAGAAUGAAAAGAAAGAAAAUGAUCAAUAAAGUUCAAUAAAUAAA